GCCGAGAACUGGCAGUUAUCGGUGCCCAGCAGUGCCACCCACAAGUUCCGCCCACCUGUGCCCAGCAGUGCGCCCACUAGCUCCGCCCACCUGUGCCCAGCAGUGCACCCACCUGUGCCCAGCAGUGCACCCACCUGUGCCACUCUGCAGUGUCACACACCUGUGCCCAGAAGUGCCACCUACCUGUGCCCAGCAGUGCCACCCACCUGUGCCCACCCACCUGUGCCCACCAGUGCCACCCACCUGUGCCCACCAGUGCCACCCACCUGUGCCCACCCACCAGUGCUGCCCACCAGU